GUGGGACAUCUCUUUUACGUGUUCCAAACUAUUUGAUCGGUUCGACCAGAGUUGUUCAUCUUUGAAAUAGCAUAUAUCAACAUUUGCUUGUUGUUAUAUAUAUGUGAACCCUGAAAAUAUAAAUUAAAAACUUUUCGGCUAGUUCAUCGAGUUGCCUCCCUUCGGAUGAACUCAUUUUUGGCUUCAGAUGGAUCCAAAUUUUGCCGUCAUCAUGUGACACGGGUUAUCUACAGGUAGAUCCACUCCUUGUUUAUCUGUCUCGUCUACUGUUACAGGAUGGCGCCGAAUGUUGUCCGCUCCGCCAUAAGUAUCUUCUUUGAAUAUGACACGCCUAGAAUCGUCCACAUCAAGAGCAAGAAAGUUGGAGUGAUAAACAGAUUUCUCCAAUUGGUCAUCAUAGGUUACAUAAUUGGGUAUGCCAUUAUUUUCAAGAAAGGGUAUCAGAAGGUUGAUACAAUACAGAGCGCUGUGACUACCAAAGUUAAAGGUGUUGCAUUUCUGAAUGGAUCAGAAGUGCCUAAUAUAGAGAGCUCUUUAUGGGACGUGGCUGACUAUGUGGUCCCUGCCCAGGAGAACAAUGCCUUGUUUGUGAUCACAAACCUAAUAGUGACUCCAAAUCAGAGACAGGGUAUAUGUGGUGAGGACAAAAACAUACCAGGAGCGAAUUGUACAACUGAUGCUACAUGUGCCCUAAUGACUGGAAAAUCUCUUCCAACUGGUAACGGUAUACUGACGGGUGUCUGUAACACAACAUCCAAUACGUGUGAAGUACGUUCAUGGUGUCCCAUAGAAAAUGGUGACACGAAGGUACCUAAGAAUCCAGUACUUCUCCAGUCCAAAGAUUUUACAGUUUUCAUAAAAAACAACAUUGAAUUCCCAUACUACAAUAUCAAAAGGCGGAACAUUCUGGGUAUUCAGAACGACUCACAACUUAAGACUUGCCGCUAUAAUCCUUCCGAUCCCAUCUAUAAAUUCUGUCCAAUUUUCGUAUUGGGUGACAUUGUGGCUAUGGCUGGAGAAGACUACAAAAACAUGAGUCAGUCGGGCGGUGUCAUGCAGGUCCUUAUCAACUGGGAUUGUAACCUUGACUUAAGUUUAGAGGAUUGUGUGCCGAAGUACACCUUCAGGAGACUCGACAGUGCUGAUUUCUCUAUAUCUAAAGGUUUCAACUUCAGGUAUGCGAAGUAUUAUAGGGAUCCGGACGGGACUGAAGUAAGGACACUUUACAAGGCCUUUGGUAUCAAAUACAUCAUCACGGUUAUAGGGCAGGCUGGAAAAUUCAAUGUUGUUCCUCUCCUGCUCAACAUUGGCAGCGGCCUUGGUCUCCUAGCUAUGGCAACUAUUCUAUGUGACGUGGUGGUGCUGUAUGUGCUGAAAGCUAAGAAUGUUUAUCGGGAGAAGAAGUACCUUAAUGUUGUUGGCGACGACGCCUAUAAGGGUCAGGAGGCAGAACAUGUGGCCAGUUUAUGUGACUCGAUCAAUGCAACAACCUACCAUACUUACAGCCCUGGUGAUCAGGUGUCAAACCCCAACAGUAAUUCUCAUUUUCAAUUGUGAAGGUCAAGACCAUGGAAAAUGAGACUGAUAAUAAUUGACAUAUGAAAGAAUGACAGAGAACUGGUCACUGGAAAAACUGGACAAAAAUCACAAGUUGACCGGUCGACAAAGCCAGCUCAGUAAUGACCAGAGGAUUACAAGUGACCAGAUGCUACAAGCAUUUCUGUGAUAUUACUUCGGGACCGGCAACCAACUUGUUGAACUCCUGUUAAGAUCAGUGUGGCUGGAGGAUCGGAAGUCAAAGGUUUCAUCUGCUUCAAACCUGGAAGUCCACCCAUGAUCACCGCACAUAAAUCUCUGAUUUAACUCAUUCACCCCUGAAGACACAUUUGAACUCUUCCAAUUCAAAUGAUGGAAUAGUUCAUUAUGAAAUUUCAGGGGUGAAUGAGUGAAAGUGCAAAUACUACAUAAAAAAAAACUUUGACCAGGCCCAGUCACGUCUGUGAGGGUGAUUGGGUCUUUUAUAAUUUCAACUCCUCCUGAAAAAAGGGAAAGAGGUGCUACUUACAGCAAAUACAUUAGAUAUAUUCUCUUAAACAACUUUUUCUCACAAACAGAGAAUUAAUGAUGCGAUAUACCAACAAAACCUCACCUUACACAUAUGACAUUUCAUUGCCAAAAAUACUUACUUACCAUAAAUGUCAUAUGCGACCUGCCACAAUCAGUAAAACUUAUCAAACCUAAACAUUGCAUGUCCCUUAUGAUAUUUUGAGAUUGCUUUUAACCCAUUCACCCCUGAAAAUUCAUAAUGGACUAUUCCAAUCUUCAAAUUGGAAGAGUUCAAAUGUGUCCUCAGGGGUGAAUGAGUUCAUUUGAGAAAUUGGCUUUGAUACCAAGAUUUACCUGUACUUGGUAGAAUGUACUGUCCUUAGGGACAUCGUUUCUAAAUAUUGGCUCCCUAACCUGUCAAAAUCAUCCAAAACUGGUUUAUUAUUAUCAUAGAACAGGAUGUUUUACAUGCAAUGUGCUUUGUUUUCUUAUCACUAUUAAAAUAUUUUUAAAUGCAGCCAAGCAUUUUUCAUUAUCCACUUUUUUGAAGAGAAAGGUGUCUUACUGUGUAAUGUUACAGCCAUUAAUUAAUACAUUUAACUCAUUCCCCCCUGAAAUUUUAUAAUGAACUAUUCCAACCUUUGAAUUAGAAGAUUUCAAAUGUGUCUUCAGUGGUGAAUGAGUUAAAGCUAUAUAUUGCACAGACAGAUUGCGAUAAAUUACAAUAAGUUUGUUUUGUAACACAUUGUAUCAUAAAAACAUGAAUUUAAGCAUAAGCUACCCUACAUGCUCACAACAUUUUACCCAAAAUGGCACUCUUCAGACAAUUAUUGAUGUAAUUUAUACCAUAACAUAAGUAUUUGUCCAUUUUUUUCAUAAAAAGAUAUCAUCCAUUUUUAUUUCUGAUUACAAGUUGAUGUUUCCGGCUCUUGAUCCUAUAAUUAGGAGGCAAAAUACUAUUUGGGUCUAUUCGUCUGCUGGAUAACCGAAAUACUCGGUAGUGAAGCGGACGUAAAACCUAUCAAUCAAUCAAUCUAUUUUGGGUCAUGUAGGCUCUUCAACAGGUGAAACUGUACGCUGAAAGGGACCUUUGAUAUUUCGUCUAGUUUUGGAGGAUAAUAAAUAUAAUCAGAAAAUGACACAUACAUGUAGUUCAAACAUUGUUGAGUCAAAUGAGGUUCUUAUCAAAUUUUUAUUCCAAAAGUUGGAGAAGUUUUUCGAAAAAAUAAGUUUCUGGAAUGAAUGAUAUCCAAAUAGAUAAUAUCACAUCGCAUGUGAAUUAAGAAAUUUAUCUUAUCAAAAAUAUUUCUAAACUGGAAAUGUCUGUGUCACUAUAAUUAACAGUCACUAAAGUUGUUGAUAUACAGUUGAAUUAACAUAAAAGUAUCUUGUAAUGAAAAUUUAUAAUACAUAACAAUAUUUAUUUGAAUUACAUGUCAAUUUCCUGGCACAUUUUCUCACAAGUGUCCUGUUUUGGGUACACUGACAUUUUGACAUUCUACUAAACCUCCUUUUAUAUAUGUAGCCAUAUCAUACAGCGUGAACUUGAUGACCAAAGUAAACUAUAUAAUAUUUGUAAUACAUUUUAUGGGAAAUUAUUUCUCGUAAUUAAUGAACUUGACCAUUUUGAUACAACUUGUUGUAAAAUCAAAAAUUUAAAUAAAAUAUACAUGAUUUUAUUCAUUGUUGUAACAGAUCCUUUUAAAUGUGUUGUGAGGGUUAAUAUUACAUUUAAUAACAAUAUUUUUGAAGUAAAAGCCCACCUCCGAUGUCUAUUUAAAGACAUUAGAUAUACAAACUUUGUGAUGAAUGUUAUGCAAAUCGUGAUGCUGAUUCCACGUGUACUUUUUUCAGACAUGUUCCCCCUGAAACAUACAGAUUAUUUUGACCUCAGCGAAAGCGUUGGUGAUGUUUUUUAGAAUGUUUAAAUGUUUCAAAUGUUGUACAUAUUAAAACAAUUCAAUGUUACCUGCCAUAUCAAGUAUCAUUCCUUCAUUAUUCACUUUCAGCAAUUAUCACGCAUCGGUUGAUAUUUUGUUCAUAUUUUUACCUUUUCUGUUCAUUUAUGUCUGGCCGCAACGAAGUAGGGGAAGCGAGACUAAGGUGUUGCUUUCUUAGCUAGACUUAGUUUCAAUUUAAUCAGAUUUGUAAUUAUGGCAUACUAAUAUCGGUAAUGUACUUUUAGUGAUUGACAAAAUGUAUCGGUAUCACACUUAUAUGAUGUAUUUAAUGAAACGGUGCCAUAAUACUGUAUACCAGGAAAUGUUUGCCUUCCCCAGUGAAAUCCAUAUUCCCCCAGUGAAAAAAAUAAACUGCAGUAAAAAUUUUGCGGUAUUCAGUAAUUGAACUACAGUCACGCUUGUGUUUAACAAAGUCAAUCGUGCAAGGAACAGGAAAAAUGAUAGAUUUAUGGCCAAUGUACAGUGGUACAAGAACAGUGAAAUAUAAUGACGAACUAUUACUGUUUUGUACAGCCCUGUGCUAAAAAGGUGGCUAUUAAUUCAGGUUUUAUUGUGAAGCUUCACAGAAAAGAAUUAAUUGUACCUACAGAAUGACAUAUCUUGAUUUAAGUUUUAACCCUUUCAACCUUAGGUAACAUUAGUAAACUCUAUCAUAAAAUUAUCUGGAUGAGUCCAUUAUGGUGUACAGUGGUGAAAGGGUUAAUGUACUGGCUUAUUUUUGCUUGGAUUACUCGGGUCGUAAAUAGAUUAUUUUUUUUUUUUUCAUAUACAUGAAUUUAUUGCUUUAAGUCGGACUAAAACAACCUGUUGUGUUGACUUUACAUGGAAUAUUCAUAUUGGACAGUUGCAUUUUACCCCUAGAUAAGCCCAUCUGUUUAUUGUUCAGAUAUGUCGAGUACAGUAUAUAUGCCCUGGGAUGUAACAACUCUUUCACCAGUAACACUGUCCGAUGAUCACUUUUCCUUAAACAAUAGAUUUUUUUAUUUCAUUUGGCAUGACAGGCUUCUUAUGUCUCUGAUAUCAAGCAAGGCUAAACAGGCAACAUAUUUUUUUCUUAAAAACUGUAGAUGUCGGAUCAAUACUAAUUGGAGAAGGGUGUAUGUAGUGCAAGGAAGUGUUAUCUCGCCAACACUGUUCAACAUGUACAAGUUCAAGAUGUACAAAACAAACAUGGCAAAUAUAGUAGAUUACUACUCACUAGCUAACAUUAUCAAGCCUAUUACUGCCAUCUUCAUGUGAUUAUUUUAAUUUCUUAGUUACAACAUAAUGGUGCAAUUACAAUCAAUAGAAUAAGGGGAGAUAAUAACAUUAUUAUGUAGCAGAAUUGGACUGAGUAGAUCGCCAGCAGACCAGGUAGCUCAAUUGGUUAUAGCGUCCGUCUAGAGUUCAGAGUUCGACCCCCGGUCUGGCCAUUGCAUUUCUCUUUUCCCAGUUACAAAUUUGGCAUCCAAAUAAGGGGAGAUAAUAAUAUAUUAGUUAUAGGUGUAGCGACACUAAAUUAUUUACUAUUUAGUGUUAUUUGGUUUGAAAGGUUUUACAUAAAUAGAUUGUGACACAUCUGUAAUCAAUAUGGUAAUUCAGAGGUCAACAGGUCAAAGUUGUCAGCAUCAUAAAUAAGAAAUUAUUUUCUACCUGCCUAAUGUGAUGUCCCACCUCAUCUAUAUGUUGAUUGAUGACAUUCCAUCGACGAAAUUCAAAUUUUACAAAUUAUGGAGAAAAUUCAUUUGUUAUUGUCUGUGUGUCUAGAUGUAUACCAGACUGAUG